CCCAAAAAUCUUUAAUCUUUCUCGAUCACAUCCACAGAUCACAUCCACAGAUCAAUAAACCGAUUAAAUUCGAAGCCAAAAUGAAAAUUUGCACACUUUUCGCAAUUUUAACCCUCUUCGUUUCUUCCGAAGCGAAUUUUGGCUUUGGUGGUAAUGACCAAGCGGAUGGAAAUUUACAUUUGAAUCAUCGACGAUGUAACACCGUCGGUACCACGGUCGUCCUAACUCGACCGGAUGGAUCUUCUGAAUCUUGCGUUUGUCAGGCCCCACCCACCACAACGACGACACCCGGACCAUCGUCAACUGCUUCGACACCUUCUACAGCUGCUACAACGCCACGAAGAACUUUCAGACCACGCCCAACCCAUCCACCACCCCCACCAAGAAAUACCUGGGUUUGCACAAACACACCUCGCAGGACCACGACGCCCGCACCCACAAUCAUACCCACGACACAAGCAGUGGGCUAAGGAAAACUAAUAUGCUGUCGGGUUCUGGAAAUUAUUUAUGUAUACAUAAGUACUUGUAAAGAUUUAGAUAAAAUUAGGUCUAAUAUGUUCCCAUAGUAUAAUGUGUAGAAUUGAGUGGUGAGAUUUGUUGGAACAAUAAAAAUUUAUAAAUUACCAGAA